AUGGUAUGUAAUCGCAGCACAGCAUGUCCGUAUUUCGCAUCAGAUUGGGGAGUUGGCACAUUCGCGGCGAUGGCCACUGCAAUCGGGGCGGAAGCAGUGCAGGCUGUUCUGGAUGGCUUCCAGUCGCCGAAGGCGGAGGAGAUCCUCGCGAGUCUCCGGACGCUUGCCGGGCUGUUGAAGACAGCUGGGGAGGAGGAGGACCGCUGGAAGGUCGUCUCGCUCCUCGAGCGGGCAUCUGCGCAUGCAGCCAGCCGCGAGGACACUGCCGGUGAGAUUGCCAUGGUUGUGAAGACCUUUUUGAUGUCUUUGCUGCUGUUGAUAAUGCUUCUGUCUGUCAUCUGUCUUUGA